AUGGAAGAUGGCAGAUGCUGUGAUCAGUGUCCCCCAGAUUAUGCUGAGAAAUGUACAGCGACCACAAAUGCAAACUGUUCUUGCCGCUCUGGCUUCCUGUGCUCCAACAAUAUGUGCUCAAAAUGUGAGGAAAACAAAUGUGUCACAGGGGAGAAACCACUGAGGACAGGAUUGAUCGAGUAUUCAUACCAGUGUAAACCAGCAUGCCCUGAAAAAGAAUAUUAUGAUGCGAAAAUGGAUAUCUGCAAGCCAUGGUCACAGUGCAAUGUGUUGGGACUUGGAGAAAAGUUUCCAGGGAACAAAACCCACAACUCAAUAUGCUUUAGAAAUGAUGGAGGUUUCUUGCAGGUGACUCUUGGCAUUGGCUUCGUUUUGCUUUCUCUCACUCUUCUUAUGUUAGUAUCUUAUACCUGUAUGAAGGUCCUAAGGAAGCACAAAGCAAAAGACAAUCCUAUUGACAUUGUAACAGUCUCUACCAACACCUGUGACUUUCACCUGUCAAAAGAGGAGAGUGGGCUCCAGCUCUUCAUCCAGGAUGAAUCCAAGGAUAUCAAUAGUAUGGCCCCACUGCUGCUGGAAAGGGUCAAGACGAUUUGA